CAGAGAGACUGAAAGUAAAGAUGGAGAUGACAAAAUUUUUUCCUGCAUUGUUUCUGAUCUGCUCUCUCUCCAUGGCUCAGCUCCAAGCUGCAGACGAUAAUGAAAUUAUUUCACAUUUAAGGCGAACAGAAUCAGACGCAGCAGAUGCAGGGAAUCUCUCAGACAAUCAACAAACUUGUGCACAGGACAUCAAUGCAGUGCUGAGAGAGAUGAGCGCCUCAUUGGCUGGACUGAAGGUAGAGAUGAGGUACCUACAGAGAGAUAAUGAAGCCAAGACAAAAGAACUGGACUUGCUAAAACAACAGUACCAAGAGCAAGUGACAAAAGUGAUAAAUCUGGAGCAGCAGCACCAAGCUCAAAUAGGAGAACUGAUCAGCAUUAAAGCCAGAACAAACAACACUGAGAACCAAGUGGAGGAUCUGAAGAGAGAAAGAGAAGUGAAACAAGUGGCUUUCUCAGCUUCCUUGCUGGCAUCAGGUUCUGGAUAUACUGGACCAUUUAACACACAAACACCUCUAGUCUUCAGACGUGUUGUUACAAAUAUUGGAAAUGCCUACAACCCAAACACAGGUAUUUUUAUUGCACCGGUGAGAGGAGUCUAUCACUUUGAGUUCCACUUACAUGGAGGUGGACAUGCAUCACCUGGGACAGGUGCCAUUUUGGUCAAGAAUGGAGACAUUAUCUUCAGUGCAUUUGCACAUCAGCCUUCCUACGAUGUUAACCCAUCUAAUGGUGCCACAUUGCUGCUAGAAACUGGAGAUGUUGUGUUUUUGCGUCAGUGGCAAAACACAAGGAUUUAUGACAACCAAAAUCAUCACACCACCUUCAGUGGACACUUGGUUUUCACUGUGUGAGCAGAAAGCAGUUCAAAUGUUAUUUCUGCCUCAGAAGUGAA